AUGUUUCAAAGUGGAGAAGUAGAUGGACUACAUCGUGAGGAGAUCCACGCCCGACUUUACUCAUUUCGAGUCGGCGUAACGAGGCAAAAUGCACUUUCAUGGCAUUGCACAAGUCAAUUGGACUGUGAAGAAGGAGAAUUGACGGUCGGAGCAGAUGUGAUCCGGGAAAUUAGGCUGUUGUCUUCCACGAGACGCGUCCCCUCACUUUCCCCUCACAACGGCAUCACAUGA